GCAGGAUCGUGAUGCCAUCAUGAUCCUGCACAUGGGUGGCACCUUUGCCGGCGAUGGCGGGAAACCAGCAACUCUGGACCGUUUCCGUGCCAACUAUGUCCUUCUUUCUCCCUCCAUCAAGCGCCGACUCGUGUUGGAGAAUGAUGAUGUAUCCUGGUCGGUCCAUGACCUGCUCCCGGUCUGCGAGGAGCUGAACAUCCCCCUCGUCCUCGACUACCACCACCACAACAUCAUCUUCGAUGCCGACAAAUGCCGCGAGGGCACCCUCGACAUCUCGCAGCCAGAGAUCUCGGCCCGCAUCGCUGCCACCUGGACCCGCAAGGGUAUCAAGCAGAAGAUGCACUAUUCGGAGCCAUGCCCUGGCGCAGUGUCGGGACAUGACAGGCGCAAGCACAGCCCUCGCGUUGCUACGCUGCCUCCCUGCCCCCCCGAUAUGGAUCUCAUGAUCGAGGCCAAGGACAAGGAGCAGGCCGUGUUUGACCUGAUGCGGCGUUUUAAGCUGCCCGGGCACGAGAAGAUUGCCGAUGUGAUCCCCCACAUGCGAGAGGACCAGGACCGCCCCGCUAAGAAGGCCAAGAAGGCUUCGCCCAAGAAGCGGAAGGUCAAGUCUACAGAUGGGGAAGACGAGGCUGCGGGGGAUGGUGGCAAGAAGGAGACAGCUGAGCCCGCGCCCGCUGAUAGUGCCUUGGUUGUGAGCCCUGAGGACUUUGGUAUGGGUGGCCCCUUGGGACGUGUGUAUUGGCCUGUGGGUUUUGACGCGUGGCUGGAGCCCAAGAAGAAGGAGAAGAAGGGUGGGAAAGAAAAGGAGGAGAAGACGAAGGGAGGGAAGAAGGCUGUGGACCAGAGCACUACAGAGGGUUGAGAUUUGCCGAGAUUUACCAGGCGGUGAGGGACCGAUAGGCGAUGAGCAUGUGCGCAGGUCUAUGAGAAGCGAUGGUGUAAGGGCCUUCCCGUGAAUAUCUAUAAGGAGAACUUCAUUUCGGGUGGGAUUCGGGCAGGGCUGACUUACUCUUGUAUGAGCCAGCCCUAUGGCACACUGCAAGAUUGACAUGUCGGUCAUUACGGCCGAUGUCAAAGCGAUACGACUUUUUACACAUGCAUUUCUCGUACAUAUUUUUAUUGAUCGUGGAAUUUUCCCACC